AUGACCGAAACCCGUGAAGCACCACAGAGCAGUCUGCCAUACCCUCCCAUCCACCGCGACAAGAAAUUCGUGGUUCUUUCUGAUUGGGAUGGGACGAUCACCACAAUCGACUCGAAUGACCUGAUGACCGAUAACCUUGGUUUCGGCAAGGAAAAACGUCGGGGUGGCAACCUUGAAAUCCUGGCGGGUCGCUCGACCUUCCGGGAUUCAUUCCGGGAAAUGUUGCAGAGCGUCUCUGAUAACGGACACACUUUCCCCGAGUGUAAAGAGUACCAAAAGAAGCAUAUCGUGCUUGAUCCCGGGUUCAAAGACUUUUGUGCCUGGUGCAAAGCUAACGAUGUCCCAUUCAUUAUCGUAUCGAGCGGGAUGGCACCUUUGAUCAAGUCCACCCUCGUCCACCUUAUUGGCGAGGAAGCUGCGAAGGAUAUCGACAUUAUUGCCAAUGACGUGAAUAUCAAGCCUGACGGCAAAUGGGAGAUUCAGUUCAGACACCCCUCCAGCGGUUUCGGGCACGAUAAGUCCCAGGCGAUUCUGCCUUAUCGCGACCUCCCGAACCCACCAACCUUGUUUUUCUUCGGGGAUGGCGUUUCAGAUAUUUCCGCUGCCCGUCAUGCGGACCUCCUCUUUGUUAAGGCGAAGGCCGACGGCGAGAACGACUUGGCCGCGUAUUGCCAGAGGGAGAACAUCAAGCACGUCAUGUUCAGUGACUUUUCUCAAGCCAUCCCAGUCGUCGCCUCUGUCGUCAAUGGCGAGAAGGCUGUAGACGAGGUCAUCGCUGCGGCCAACACGACCGCUUGA